GUCUUCAUGCUGGGUCCAGGCGAUGACAUUUCGCUACGCGGCUGUAUCCUUUCUUUCUCGUCUUCUUCCCAAGCGUUGCAUCUUGCUCGCCGCAUUAUUGUCUCUCAUUAUCCUUCUUCUUCUGCUGCUUGCUACCUUCUCCUUCGCCCUUUGAUUUGUUGACUUCGAGCCGCAUACCUGCUGCCCAUUUGCCCGUCGAGACCCAGCGGCCCCGUAAUCCCAAUACCCCCGGCCACCAUCUGCCGCCAUCGCCUGCGGCUGCACGAGAGGAGCGAGCUCGAAAGAGACAUCGGGAGCAGGGUCGACAAGAGACGGGAGUGUACAUACAUUGGGCAUCGGCAAAGGACAUUGAUUUCGCUCGAGCUGCGGUGGAUACACACUCUCGCGCGGCACUGUAUCACUGUCAUCACAGUCUUGUCGACAUCACCGAGCAUUCGUGGGGACACUUGCUAGGCACCUUGCAAGUCGUGCACCACUUUCUAAUUCUAUUGUUUCUUACCAACCCUUUGUGUGUCCGGUCGAGAGAUCCGGACCUCCAACACCAUCACCACGGCCGUGUUAUCAGCAAAUCCGCGGGACAGCCUCGUGCUCCCGCCUCACAUGCUUGGCAUGCAGAACGGCGAGAACAUGGCUUCUGGUCCGGCCUAUGGCCAUCGCCAGACCCAAUCCUUUGCCGUCAAACCAUCGAUGAGUCCUGAUGAGAAUGGCCUCCCACCGAGCUCGUUUCAUCAGGCUCAGCCAUCUCUGGGUGGCUUUGGAAACCGGCACACCAACAGGAAUAGCAUCCAGCCCAUCAACACUGGCCGCAUGAGCCAGAGCUACAACCCGCAAGACAUGCAGACUCCUCAGACUGGCUACGACAUGAACUUUACACCACUUCUCCCCACCAAUUUGUUGAUGGGCAGCCCCUUUCAGCCAGGCUCGCCGACCACCUUCCAAUCCCCGCAGUUUCAGAGCUUCCCGACGCAAUCCAAUGGACGCGGUCACCAGAGCCAGAUGAGCCAAGCCUUCGGACAACAGCAGGUCCUGUCGCCAGGUGCGUACCAGCCACUUGGCUCGCCGCCGCUUCAAUCCUCGUCGUAUUUUGGAAGUAUGCAGUCGCCAACAACGGGCUUCAAUGCUUUCCAAGGCCAACAACUCGGUGCAUACGGCACGGCCAUGCAUGGCAUUUCUCCUGGCAUCGUCUCUGGCACCAGCCGAACUGUCUAUCUGGGCAACAUCCCUCCGGACACUUCUGCUGAAGAGAUCCUUGGUCAUGUCCGAAGUGGCCAGAUUGAGUCUGUCCGCCUGCUGCCAGACAAGAACUGCGCCUUCAUCUCUUUCCUGGACGCUAGCUCGGCCACUCACUUCCACUCAGACGCAAUCUUGAAGAAGCUGUCAAUCAAGGGUCAGGACAUCAAGAUCGGUUGGGGCAAGCCAUCCUCGGUGCCUACUUCAGUCGCUCUGGCAGUCCAGCAGUCGGGCGCAUCCCGUAAUGUCUAUCUUGGCAACCUCUCCGAGGACGUCACUGAGGAGGAGCUACGCGAGGACCUCAGCAAGUUCGGCCCCAUCGACACUGUUAAGAUCGUGCGUGAGAAGGCCAUUGGCUUCGUCCAUUUCCUGUCCAUUGGCAACGCAAUCAAGGCUGUCACUCAGCUGCCACAAGAGCCCAAAUGGCAGGCGCCUCGUCGUGUGUACUACGGCAAAGAUCGCUGUGCAUAUGUGUCGAAGACACAGCAGCAGAACGCUGCGCAGUACUUGGGCAUUGCUCCAGGUUAUGCGCACGUCCUGAAUGGUGCCGACCGCGACCUCAUUACUAAUGCUCUGGCCCAGCAAUCCGUCGCUGCUGCCGCCGUAGCGACCACCGCGGGCGGCGUCAACAACCUGGGCAACCGUACUGUCUAUCUUGGUAACAUCCACCCAGAAACCACUAUCGAAGAAAUUUGCAACGUGGUGCGCGGUGGAUUGUUGCACCACAUUCGAUAUAUCCCAGACAAGCACAUUUGCUUCGUCACAUUCAUCGACCCAACUUCGGCAGCAUCAUUCUACGCCCUGAGCAAUCUUCAGGGACUCAUGAUUCACAACAGACGCCUGAAGAUUGGCUGGGGUAAGCACUCUGGUGCACUUCCACCUGCCAUUGCUUUGGCAGUAUCCGGUGGUGCUUCGCGUAAUGUUUACAUUGGUAAUUUGGACGAGACCUGGACCGAGGACCGCUUGAGACAGGACUUCCAGGAAUAUGGUGAAAUCGAGCUCGUGAACACAUUGAGGGAGAAGAGCUGUGCAUUUGUGAACUUUACCAACAUCGCCAACGCAAUCAAGGCUAUCGAGGCUGUCAGAGGAAAAGAGGAGUACAAGCGAUUCAAGGUCAAUUUCGGCAAGGAUCGAUGCGGCAACCCACCAAGACAGAUCAUCAACAACCAGCACUUGCAGCAGCAACAACAGUCGAGUGAGAACGGCGUGGGAUCACCCUCUCCCGUGAACGGUCUGGCACCACAGUCGCACAGAGCUCAGCACUCUGUCUCGCCAGCGAGCUCUGGUCCGGGUGGCUACAACCCUCUGCAAGGCCCGACCGCGUCGACAAUCUUCAAUACUGGCAGCAAUAAUCCGUUGACCUUGUACCUUGCGGCCACCCAGCAGAACGCUCAGGCCGUCGCUGAACAGCAAGCCGCUCAGCUCCAGCGCAGCUUGAGCCCCUCGGAUUAUGGAGUCCAGGCAUCAUUCCAGCAAUCUCAGCCAUCGUCCGCCACUCACCUCUCGAACCAGCAAGCAUUCUACAGCUCACCUAAUGAGGUUGCUGCCACACGAUCUGCUGGUCUGGAGCCUCCUUCCCACAACCACUUUGGUCAUGGAAGCCACCAAAGCGUGAACAUCACGAAUGGCAUGCAUGCUCUCAAUUCUUACUCGAACCAGGCGAGUCAAAGCAGUGCUUCGCGAAGCGCUCAUAGCCGCGCCGUCAGCUUGCCCGCCUUCUCUCUCCAGGCUGCGCAGCAAAAUCAAUCGCAGCAGCUUUCUGGCUUGGGAUACAGCGCUGAAGGCUACGGUCUUGGCGUGUCUCCAGGUCUGCCAGGCUGGGCUGAGGAAGAGGUGGCAUAGAGAAAGGCGUCCUUGCGACGUGGGUGUAGCAAAUCUUCUUGUCUUGCAUUACUAUCAUCAUCAAUUUUUCAGAAAAACAACUAAUACCUUGCCGCGCGAUGUAUGGCGGCCUACCUUUGUUAAUGGCAGGGUCGCUGUGCUUGCGUCCGCUGUUCACUGGUGUUUGGGAGCAAAGCACACCGGUCUCUGGGAGACCUUUGGGAUGGCGUGGAAUUGGGAUAAUCCGCCGUCAGAGUGUUGUACGCGUGAGUUGGAAUCUUGGUAUAACUGUCUGCACCGCUGUGGAUACUGCGUUGUGAGAGUAGCAUGAGCGAUGCCGAGUCGGGAGGGAUGGAGGCUGCACGAACAGGAUAGUAGGUAGUUCAUCUCAAUGGAAGAUCGCAGUCGGAGGA